AAAUAUAGAGAUUGACAAGACGGAAAAUUGAGCGGAUUUUCUGUAAACCACACCAUAUUAAAACAAGAAGCCAAUAGCUUUCUCUGAUUGCCACGAACAUUUUGCGAAGACUUUCCUUAGUUCAGGCUUAAAUGGACAUCUACAGUAUAAGUGACGAGAGGACACUUAAUGAGUUCAUCGACAACACCGUGAAACCGGACAGGGAGACUUUACAGAGAAAUAAUGCGAUGGUGGACCGGCUUGUUCAUUUUCUCCAGAAUAACGUUCCAGGAAGGAUUCGACCGAAACGUGUUAUAAAAGGGGGGUCGUUCGGCAAAGGCACAGCGGUUCGCGGAACGUCUGACAUCGACUUGGUUCAUAUGCUAGCCGAGUACAACAGCGUGGACAAAUACACGAAGGAUUCGGAGGAUUUGCUGAAAGACCUGAAAACAUACCUGACGAAGUACGGUCAGGCUCAGCUAGUGAGGAUAACAACCUACUCUGUAGAGGUCAAGCUUACAAAUGGCAACUUCUCGCAGACAGUAGACGUCGUUCUGGGCGUUGACUUGCUUGAUAGAGGCAUGGUCCCGGACCACGUGUUCGACCAGAUGCAAGGCCCGGAUGUGGAUGUGCACUUGUAUUCGGUGACCUUGACACCCUUGCAGAUCGAGGUCAUACAGGCACUGCCCACGCAGGUCAAGGAUUUGAUAAGAAUCGUCAAAUACUGGGGCGAUGUGAAAAAAGGGGUUUACGUGGAACACUGGCCUAACUCUUUCACCAUGGAGCUGGUAGUGAUUCAUGCGUGGAACAACGCCGGAAGUCCCAGUACAAGCUUCAGUAUGAUUCGCGCGCUACAUGCUGUGCUGACGUCACUAGUGAAUCAUCGCCAGUUCAAUGUCACAUUUCCGAGCCAGAUGAAAUACUCCCCAACUAGGCUGAAAAUAUGUUUGCCACAAAGGAAUGCUCCGUAUAUCAUUGACCCUACGAACCCCUACAACGACAUGUACCACGGAAGAAAAGGGGGUUUGGCCUACGACUGGAACGACGUUGCCACGGAGGCGAGUACGUGGCUGCGACUUUCGUUGUUCCGCAGCGUCACUGGCACACACUCGAGGUGGCAAUAGGGACCUCUCGGCCCAUCAGAGCAGAGAUAUGACUGGUUUUGAGAAGAGCUCGUAUCAAAUUACCGCCGCCAAUAUAUAGACCGCGUGAUGAUCGAUAUAACUAUUAUUGUUAUAGUUUGUUAUAGUUUGUAAUUUUUAAUAUCGUUCUUUUCUAUUAACGCUAACAUUUUCAACUGUUCUUUUAUAUUCAGAAUGCUCAUGUUUGCAGAUAACUGCACUUUCAUUAAA